AUGGCCGCGUACCAUGGUUCAAGCAGCCCAGAACUUGCCAAGCCAGUCUUGCUCCCGACUUCUAUCUCCUUUUGGCGCCUAUUGAUCGACCAGGGAGUCGUCACCCAGGAAGUGUUGCAUCACCACUUUGAAGGGUCAGGGACUGAUGAGGACCCUUACGUCGUGUCUUGGCUGCCCAUCGACCCUCGAAACCCAUUGCAGUUUAGCAUGGCGAGAAAGGCGGUCAUUACAUUCAUGACUGCCAUUGCGACUUUUGUUAUAUCACUGUCGUCUUCAGCCUACAGUGGUAGUGUUCAGGGAAUUAUUGAUGAGUUCCGAAUCGCCCGAGAAGUUGCCACCCUUGGACUAUCGCUGUUUGUCUUCGGAUUUGCCGUGGGGCCGCUGCUAUGGGCGCCGCUCAGUGAAACUAUGGGCCGCCAAAUUCCUUUCUUUAUAUCUUUUCUCGCUCUGUCCUUAUUCUUGGCCGGAUGUGCAUGUGCCCAAAACAUUCAAACCUUGUUGAUUCUUCGGUUUCUGGGGGGAGCUUUUGGCUCGUCGCCCCUUACGAAUGCUGGUGGAGUUAUUUCGGAUAUGUUUGUCUCUAGACAACGCGGGCUGGCUCUGCUUCUAUUUGCUUCCACCCCAUACCUGGGCCCUGCCCUUGGGCCCAUCAUAGGCGGAUUUCUCGGAAUUAAUGCUGGGUGGAGAUGGGUUGAAGGCUUUCUUGCAGUUUGCGCAGGACUGGCUUGGAUCUCUAUGGCGCUUUUUGUUCCUGAGACUUAUGCGCCAGUCCUUCUACGCAAACGUGCGACCGAACUGUCCGCACUGACUGGAAAAUGCUACGAGAGCAAACUCGAUAUUGAAAGGGGGAAAAUCCCAGUGACCCAACGAUUGAAAACAGCAUUUUCCCGGCCUUGGGUGCUUCUAUUCAGUGAACCUAUUGUUCUUCUUCUCACCUUUUAUGCUGCGCUUAUCUACGGCAUUCUCUACAUGCUUUUCGAGGCCAUUCCAAUUGUCUACGAGGAAAAACGUGGGUGGAGCGCGGGCAUUGGGGGACUCCCUUUUCUAGGUGUCAUGGUUGGUGUUCUUUGCGGUGUUGUUUACACCGUACAAGAUAAUAAGCGAUAUAUACGAGCACAGGAGGCGCAUAACGGCUUUGCUCCACCAGAGGCUCCUGUGACGAUUCCUAUCGGUCUUUUCUGGUUCGCAUGGACAAAUUCUCCGUCCAUUCACUGGCUUUGCAGUGUGGCCGCCCUCAUUCCAUUUGGAUUUGGGCUGCUUCUCAUCUAUAUGGGAAUAGUCAACUACCUGAUUGAUUCAUAUACCGUUUACUCGGCGUCUGUACUGGCAGGCAUGUCAGUAUUCAGGUACGCGUUUGGAGCCACCUUCCCUCUUUUCAGCUCGUAUAUGUACGAGGGGCUGGGCAUUCAUUGGGCAUCAUCCAUACCAGCCUUCUUGUCAGUGCUGUGCAUGCCCCUUCCCUUUUUAUUUUACAAAUAUGGAGACAGGAUACGACAGCGUUGCAAGUAUGCAGCACUUUCGCAGAAGCGUCUUGAUGCACUACGACAAACGUCUAUCUCAGAAAAGACGACAACAGAACCUGCAAAAAAGGGGGUUGAGAGACAGCGCGGGUAG